AGUAGAUCAAGCUGUCAGACAAUGAAUGGAAACGUCUGAGGUAAGUGAUCUGAUCAUAAAAUAAUUCUUUUUAAAAAGCAAGCGGUUCAGAGCGGUUGUUAAUAACAAGGACGACAGGACUGAUGACCUCAUCGUGACCUCGCAAUGUACAAAGGUAACAGCAGGUUAUUUUUAGCGUGCUUUUUUUUAUCUGUUUUCGUUAUCGGCCUCGUAUACAAUAUUGGACUGUUUGGAUAUCUGCUGUAUACAGUAAAGAACACAAGGACAGAGAGCUUUGACAGCUGCAGUGUCGCUUGUAGCCAACCAACCUUUUUUCUUAAGAAAAAUCCAAGCAUUGAACGACUGGUGGUUUCUUCAACAUAUGAGUUGCCGCUGUCAUCAAUUGUCAUCUACAACGAUGAAGACAAUUCUGAUAGUGUGUUGUCUGCACAUUGCUGCUGCUUUACCACAAGAAGGAAGCAUCACAUGCUCAGUACCUCCAGUGGAGCUAGACCAUGAUGCGGUUCUAAACUGCAGUUUUCCAGAAAACCUGAACACGACAAAGAGAGACUUUUCAGUCUACCACUACCGGGAUGAUACGGGAGAUGCUGUAGUGGACUGUUGGUGGCUGAAGGGGGCAAUGACCUGUUCCGCAAGACCUGAGAUCAGAUAUGAAAGCACUGUCGGCCAUACUUUCACUAUUACACUUCAGAACAUUUCUUCAUCUCAGACUGGCAGAUACGCUUGUCAGAUUGCUAACUACGACCAAAACCUCAUUCAAUCAUGUGAACUCACGAUCCUGUCUGGACUGGAGAACACAUGCAGUGUGACUCAAGAGAGAUCUGAACCAAGCGCUACCCUCACCUGCUACUUCAAAGAGGACAUAUCAAAGACACACCUGAACUUUACUUUGUACAAGCACAGUGGUGCUCACAAACAGAGCGUAGCUGGAUGUUGGUGGGAGCAGGAACAACGACAGUGUCGGGUUGCUAAUGGUUACCAACUCACUUCUAACCAGUCUCAGGUUAUUAAAAUCACGAUACUGGAAGUAACAAAGGAAACAGCGGGAAACUACUCCUGUUGGCACCCAGCCUCUCCCCCUGUCCACCAGGAGACUUGUAUCCUUCACGUGCGCGAAAAAGUUGGGCCAGAAGAUCUUGAUGUUUUGAUGAUUGGACUAAUAGUAGGUUUGGUGGCUAUUGCUAUUUUGAUACUUGUGGCCAUCGUCUUACCACUUAAAUAUAAAAGGCGGCGAAAACUCAAGACAAAAGAUAACACUAACAAUGAUGAAAGUCAAUCAAUGGUUGUAAAAGACAAGAAAGUGAAUGAAGAAUUUCUGGUGAAGAGUGUCAGAGAAAUGUUCCCGAACAUGCUUGAUGAUGCCUGCUAUUUCGUGCCGCCAAUUUACUUCAACAAAGUUCGAUACAAAACUCAGACUGUGGCUGAUCAGAUUGUCUACAUCCCUGAACCUUCCGACCCGACAGACGUUGAGCAUGACAAAGCCAUGAGGCAGUUCCUGAACUGCUUCUAUUACAUCCCGAAGACUAAAGACGAAGAAAUGUUUGUCCUCACACAGUUUAAUUAUGAGGACUACUUAAACAAUCCUGGUGCUGACUUUUCCGAACAUUGCUUGCCUGUUCCUAAACAAAAAAAGGACAAAAACAUCAGAUGUUUUGAUAUUCUUAUUAUUCAUCGAUAUUAUGGUUUGGUGGUCGGGGUACUCAAGACUGUCAGUGAGUACGAUGCUCAGACAAACGGUGAUGAACUGCAAAUAGAACACCUGAUAGCCAAUGAUGUGUCCGCAGCUAUCCAACAACUAAAUAAGGCGAGUGGCAUACUACAUCAUCUCAUGAAAGAUCUUAAAGGGACGCCACCCGUUCGAAGGUUCUUGAUUCUACCUAACAUUACACUGUCAACACUGCAACGGGCCUUACGCAGUCACAAGAAAGUGUAUCAGAAUUUGCACAAGUGUUUCGCUACCGUGGACAGCCCUGUCAGACAGUGUCUAUGUGCUGACCACCUGUCUGACCCAAAGACACCGUCGAACGUGGACGACCGGUGUGUAUCUAAACUCACGGACUGGUGGGACACCUUGAAUCCCACAAUUGCAGAUAUUUCUGCUAUGACUGAUGAUAUAUACGAGAGCUUGAUAGCGAGAUUUUGUGGACCUGCAACUACAUCUUGUCUGGACAAGCCCAGAAGACCUGAGUCCUUUAUUUUGCCGAAGACUUUGGACGAAGCCGUGUCAUUAACUGGCGACUUGUUUGAACGACUCACACUGUACCCGGAUAUGACAGAUCUCCUCACCAAACCUCGUAUUCUCCUUGCUGGACCUCCAGGUACUGGAAAAACCAGAAUGCUGGCUCUAGUAGGAAAGAUGUGGCUACAUGAGGGCCACGUGGUACACAUUAUUAACACAUCAAAAGAGCAGUCUGCUGCUAGUGUACAAUUGAAAAGACUGUUGCAGAAAGCAGCCACAGCACAAGGGUCAGCCAGUUCAUCUGAGGAUACGGUGGUCAUCUUAAACUGUAACAUACAAGACAAAGGGAAUAUUUCUGAUGUGAUAAAUAUAAUGAAAAACAAUGCAGGCAAGAAGUUUGUCUGUGCUCUUGCCGAUGAUCUGAUCCCCGAUGAUCAUAAGACAGCGCAAAUUAACGAGUUUUUCCAGAACCUUCAUCGGAAGUUCCAGAACCUUCACUUGUGGACAGCUAGCUGCAGUACGAACUACAUUCCAAUGGGAGGGGAUUUACAUGAUUUGAGAGCACCCCUUAGCUGUCCUCCCACCGUGCUUGAAAAGGUCCUGAAACAAGAAACCAUUUCUGGUGGGAUGCCAUAUUCCGAGAGCAAGUACGUGUCCCCUACUGAUGGUGUACCUGUGAAAGUUUUUGCUCAUAAAGGACUUCAAAGAAAAGAGCAACAUAAUUGUGAUUCUUGCUGCGAGGAAAUUGUCAGGUUUCUAGCAGAAAGUCUUCGUAUUUCAGCAGUCGGCGGACAGCCUUCACCUCUUCAGUCCAGAGACCUGCUAGUGUUGUUUGAAGAUGAAGUCACGGAGUCCACUCCUCUAAUCAGGACCUUGGUACAGUCAGGAAUCCCAGUGGAGGUCGUCAGCAAUGAAAACCUAGAGGACAAGUUAAAGACUGAAAACAAUGUUGCUAUUGCAGCAAAGGCAGGUUUCCUGUGUGGAAUCAAAAGGAAAGUGGUUGUGUAUGUCGAGGGAGAAGAAAGGAGAUUAGACAACUGUGGGAGGUGGAACAGACUGCGGGGCAUCACUAGUUGUACAUCACAGUUGAUCGUCUUGAGUAGCAAAACUCCUCACAGGGUCGGUCCUGCUUUGUGAAUAGACCAACCUCUACGAAAGAUGUUGCUAUUUAUGCUUUGUUUUUGAAGGUGCUAAAUAUGCAUUUUUUUCCAGCUGUUUCAUCUUUGAUGUUUUUCUUAUAUUUGUGCAGUCUUCAAUUUAUUAAUUUGAUGCUGCAAAAUAAUAUGUAAUCAGUUUGGCUAUGUUCAGUACAGUUAUUUACCUCUUUGUUUCUGCACUGUAUGACACCGUGUUGUAAAUACCUACAACUUACAGAAGUUGUUUAUUUACAUUACAAUUGUUUUUUUUUCUAUUUGAACGUUCAUUCUCUAGUCAAAUUAAAUUUAUUACUAGCAGUUACGUUUUAUAUAUAUAUAUAUUAUAAGGAUUGUCUCCCCUUGUGCAAAUUAAGUUAGUCUCGUAUUUUCUGCAUUAUGUCUGAAAAGGCGCAGUCAGUUUGUACACAAAUAUUCUGGAUAUUAUUUUGAAAUGACUAAAUGAGUGGAGGAUGAAAUGGAAUUUGGGGAAACUUUAGCUCCCCCUGUUUAUUCAUCUCGGAAUUUAAAAAAUAAACAUUCAGUUUUAGCGCUUUGCUUUAAUAGCAUUUCCUUUUUAUCCCUGUAAAUUCGCUUUUCUUAUUUUUGAUAUGUCAUUGACAGUUGUCUUGAUUAAAACUUCAUCUUGCUAAUCG